UCUCGCGAGGAGUCGAUCUCGCGUAACGGGUCGCGUUCGAUCGCUGGUCAGCCGAUCCCACCUCGAGGGCAUAUAAGAACAUGUCUCAGAGGGGACACGAUAGCAGUGCCACGUGCGAAAACGAGAUGUCCACGUCGAGAAACAGCUCGUUGCUGCGGCUGAACCAGGAGGGCCGACGUCUGAGCAUCGAGAAGGCCGCCACCAUUUGCGACAAGAUGAAUUUUCGUGGUGCGUUUUCCCUGACGAAGACUGCCACUGGUAUACUCUUCAAGUUCAGCAACAUCGACGAUUUUCAGGCGGUCUACAAAAAGGGCUUCCACAAAGUCACCGGGGCACGCUUCUACAAGAAGGUCGCCAUACCCUGUAGACCGGCAAAGACCUUCACAGUCUACGUUUUGGACGUACCUGAAGAAUUACCAGAAGAGGAUAUCAGGCACGCUCUCUACAAGUACCGGUCCAUAGUCGAAGUUACGCGGCUACCUCUCAACACUGGCACUGUUCUGAAAGCGAUCAACGACAAGUUGAAAAGCGAAGCUCACAACCAAAACGAGCCGGCGACGAUUUACACCGGGCCACCCGUUAUAAGGGUUACCCUGGCCAGCGUGGAGGAGACCUCGACGCUGCUCAGCCGUGGUCUGGAUUUUUAUGGGGCCACAUAUUUCCCCACUGAAACGCCCCAUCCGGCUGCUCAACCCCUGGCCAAAUACAAAAACAACAGAUGGCUCGAGCUGGCAGCCAUCGGGGCUGGACAAAGAGUCAGGGACCUACUUCCGGUCUUUGACAACGCGGGCUUCAACAAAUUACCACCCCCGGCCAGCCGGCUGAUAAAACCGCAAAAAAACUGACACGUUCCUCGACUUCUUUCAU